AUGACUGACUUAACAACACGGCAUCGCUCUUCACUCAAGGUUUCCAUCCGUCCCCUGCAGUCGUCGUUCUUUGCUGGAGAAGACUUCAUCUGCCAAAUCACGUUUACCAAUACCAAUCCACACGUGGCGCAUACACAGCCUCUGCUUCAGGGCGAGUUUCCAUCGUCGUCGUCAUCAUCAGCGAAGGCCUCUCCUUCACCUCAGGAUUCGUACGGCCGGCCCUCCUUCGAUGAAAAGCCGGCCGCACGUCGCGUCGUCUCCUCGAUACCCACUCACUCGAAAUCUCGUAGCGUUGAUGUGAGAGCGCUAGGCCGAGAACAAGACCCUGCUCCAACAGGCCUAUCUGGCUCCGCACGAACGAAAAAGUUGUUCCAGCACCUUAACGGCGAUGUGCUGCCAGACCGUAGAAACUUAAUCGGGAAGAGCGCACCCACAUCCUCCGGCUCGCACUUCAUUCACCCGUGGUCCGUAUCCUCGAACCUCGCCAACAACAAAGCUGCAUCGCACCGCUCUACCCAGUCUACCUCCUUCCCAUCUUCGCAACGGACCAGGAAUGAGCUUGGACUGGGUCAUCCGACGCUUCCUCUGUCAACCCCCCCAAAACCAUCGGCUUCCUCCUUACGCGCCGAACCACAUGCAUUAUCGCCUAAUCUACCUUCUAGAGUCUCCUCUCUACCCGGUUUGGCCACAAAGAGGACUCCCUCGGCCCCUAUCUCACCCAAUCACUCUCAUUCACGCAAAAAAUCAAUCGCACAGGUCCAAGCCGAGGAUCUCACAGAGGCAUUCGAGCUCGAUUCGCCAUCUGCCGUAUCGCCUUCUCCCUCCAGCACACCCAACUCUUGGUUAGGUGCACACAGCGAUCAGAACGCCUCAUCCACCUUCUAUGCAAUGGGGCGCAACGAUACUAUGGAAAGCGUCUUUCGCGAGUCCAUGACAGACUGGUCACAAUCGAAGCGUCGGCCCUCUAUCUCCAAGAGUCCACUCCAUAGUCCAAUCUAUCCUGCGCUUGACGCUCUGGCUCCAGGAACCGAAAAGAUAUUGUGGUCCUUUGCACAGAUUGCUGGCACCAUCGAAAUUGAUGAAAGCCUCAUCAAGCCGAGCGACUUUGAGAAUCUCAAGAGAAGGCUCGCCUAUGGCGAUCUCACUGGUGCCAACGCCUCCCCGCACUCCAUCCCCGGAACACCAAGAACACUUGGCGGAGGUGAUUUCGGUCAGACAUCCGAAGCGCAACCAAGCCCCUCAGGCUGGAGCAGCUAUCUACGCAGCCCAUUUACUGGCCGCUCGCAGCAGCCGCAGCAACAGCAGCACCAUCGUCGCACCGGCUCCACUCUGCAAGAUGCGCAGGAGCGAACGCUUCAGAGUCGAAGCGUCCCCACUUUCUCGACUCCACCCAGCAUCGUCGCUGUCGACCUCGUCCUCCCCCCAGGAGAGAGUAAGACGUUCCAAUUCAAGCUCCGCCUUCCUGUGGACUUGCCUCCAUCAUACCAAGGUAAAGCGGUCCGUCUCAAGUAUACUUUGACGUUGGGCACCAAUCGGUCCGAUGCCACUGCUGCUGCGGCUCGUGCGCAGACCAGUCGACUCAUCCAGAUCCCCAUUCGCAUUUACAAUCACGUCGGUGCAUCGGGUUUCCGGCCUUUCUUCGAUCUUAUGAACCCGGUCAUUCUUACCAAGGAGGAGGCUUCCGUCACGCUUCUUGGUCAGGGUGAGAAGCCUCUCGUCAAUCCAUCGCCAAGAGCAAAUGCGCAAUUUGAACGUUUUAGGACUAGAGCGGCAUCCAAACGGGCGCCGCAGAUUGGCAGGAAAGACUUACUGGAUUACACCAAGCAGUUGCUCUUCAGCCAGGCGUCCAGCGAUGGGUCGCCCGUCGCCCUUGUCCCCGAAAUCGCCGUGUCGGUCUCUUCAGCAUUUACUGAGACCAGCAGCAGCACCUGCAGAGCUGCGAUCGAAGCGCUCGCUCGUACAUCCAGCAAAGUCACCUACGACAUCUCCAAGGACGGCAAAGUCGCUGCCGUCCUCACCCUCGUCCGAUCCAGGUACAGGCUAGGUGAAACUAUCACAGGUGUCAUCAACAUCAACAACCAUCAAUCGCUCGCACGGAUCGCGCGCAUGAGUGCCACACUCGAGACGUUUGAAGAAGUGCAACCGAGCAUUGCUACACUGCCACCCGGCCGAUUGCAGCGCGCCACGAAGAUUGUUCAUGCUGAACACCACGAGAGCGUGCUGGAUAAAGGAAGGGCUAGUUUCAGCUUGUGCGUCCCCAGCGGUGCCUCGCCCGAAUUCGUUACCUCGGGAGUCAAGCUCAACUGGCUCGUGCGUCUGUCCUUCCUCACCGUCUCCGCAGUCAAGGCUGACAACGACAAGAAUACUGACGAGGUGCAGGGACAAAACAAGCUGUUGCCCCCACCGCAUCUGUUGCCUGCUUCGUCCGACGGCUUUUCGCGCUACCACGUCAGCGUCCGAGCACUGGGCAGCUUAGCAGGCGUCAUUGCAGCCCCUGGCACAGCGCUAGCAAAUGCCCUCGCUCAACUUGGUUUUGCAGCAGAGACGAAGCUUGAAACGGUCGAGUGUGCAGUGCCCGUUUCCGUCUUGCCCAACAGCACAACUUACAAGGUCGGAGAUGCUGAGUUUUAUGCUUAA